AUGAAUUAAAAUUAUAUUGACCAAGCCUAUUUCUCCAAGGUUUGAAAUUCAAUUUAUUUAACUAGCAAUUCUAUAGAGCAUUUGGAAAUUAUAUUGGACCCCAUACUUCGACACCCAGUAUGGCAUCAGAGUAUUUAUCCUCAACUAGGACUCAAACAGCCAAUAUGCAUAAAUAAAACAGUUUGGCAAAACCAAUUAAAUCUCCUCAAAGUGUAAAUAAGCCAAUACUUUAAAAUUCUGCACGAGUUAAAACGUAGACUCAACAUAUUUCGAAAUAGCAACCAAUAGUUCAUCAUAUUAAAAGUUUAUCGUCUGAUUUAAAGAAUUAACUUCAGCAGAAAAGAUUUAAAUAAGAGAAAAUAAUAUCAUACACAGAAUCAGAGUAGCAUCCAUUUUUAAUAAUUUAAAAAAAAGCAAGGGAAUUAAGAAAAAUUGAAUCUCGAAAAAGUAUUUUGCCUUCAAUUUAAACUGAUUCCUAACACAGUGCCAGAUUGCCAGAUAUUCCUCCAUUAAUUCAUAUUCCCACAAUAUAAAUAACAGAGCCAUUAGAAUUACAUUCAUCCAAAGGUUAGGAAAAUGAAUCAGAUAAAGAUGACGAUUCUUCAGGAGAAGAGGAUUUCCCUCAAGUACCAUAAAAGAUGAAGAAGCUAUCUGUUCGACUCAAAUUCAAAAAUGCUGUUUAAUCUCAAGUUUCUACACUUUUUAUCAAUAAACAAGUAUUUUAUUCAUAUUAUAUAAGCCUAAGUCACUUUUUAAUGUCAUAAUCUCUCCGGAAUUCACAAUCUAGCAUGAAGAAGAGCGUCAAAAAAUAAGUGAUGCUUUUGAAGCUGGAAAUUUUAUUUUGUAUAAGGCUAAGUAAUUUCAGCACAAAGAGGUAACCAAUAAGAAAAAACUAUUUGAAAGUAUAUUCAAUUUGAAACAUCCACAUAAGAUGAAUAACAUCGUCAAUUCACAAAUAGCUAAAUUAAAUACUACAAACAAAGCAUUUUAAAGAAAAAUUAAAAUGAUUUUAACAACAACUGAAAACAGCAAAGAAGUAGAGUAACCCUAAAAAUUUUCGUUUCUAUCUAAAUAUAAAAAGAGUCAAUUUUGUCAACAAGGAACUAAUGAAAAUAUUGCAUAAGGUAUCAAGUUAAACAAAGAUUUAUUUACGAUUACAAUUACUAAUGAUAAAUUAGAAAAUGAAGUUAAAAUUUUCAAGAGGCCAAAAUUUAUAAUUCAAUAAGAUUAAGUUAUUGAAGAAGUACAUUUAGCAUUAUCUCCACCUAAAGUGUCUAAGUCUCCUAGUAGAAGAAACUUAACACAUUCUGGAUCUCUCCACUAAUCGUAAAGACAAAUUCAUCUAAGGCACUCAGUCUCACAACAAAUCAUUAAAGAUGAGCUCUCUAAUAUUACCAUUCCUCCUCCUAAUGUUGAAGAAAAUAACAAUCUAGAUUUUAACCAAGAAUUCUCAAAAGUAAAAUAAAUACAUUAUUUAUUCAAGUCUAAUUUGUAUGUCAGGCUUUAUUAUCAGAGUAAAUUGCAUAAAUUGCCCAGAAAAACUACUUUUGUUGGAAUGAAUAUACAAGAAAUAGAAGAUUACUUUAUUUCCUAACAGCAAUUAAUUAAGUUAACAAAUAUGUAUUUAUAUUUCUAAAAUAAUCAGAAAUUUUUAAGUCACAGAAGUACCUGGGUUCGAAUUGAUUGGGUCGACGUUGCAAUAAAAUAUAGAAAUCAUAAAAUAUAUUAUUUACUAACCAAAACUAACCUUAGGCUCCAACCUUUUGUUUUUCGAUCAGAGUGAAACAUUUUCUUCCAGUGAAUCAGACUAAAGCAGAUCUUUAGAUUUACUUUUAGAAGAGCCAAUUUAAAGUUUAAUUUUGAAUAAAUUUAGGCUAGGAUCAUCAUAACAAGAAAAUGGAAGUUAAAUAGGAAGCAAAAUAAAAUCACUUAAUCAUUUAGAUUAAGGGGAAGAGGAGCACAUAUUUAUUGAUGAUGAUUUCAAGAAUUUGAAAUGUAAUUAUUCAUGCAUAAUUAAUAUCAGCUCUUUCUACUGGUUAAUUGACAUUAAUUAAGUAAGCGAGAAAUAAUUUUUUAUAAUCAUAUUAAUAUAGAUGCAUUAUAAGCACUUUAGAUCAAAAUACUAAAAAUUAAUUAUUAACUUUCCCCCAACAAGCCAGACCUAUAAAUGAAACUCUAGAUUCCCUUUACUCUGAUAAUGAUAUUGGAGCAUUUAGCUAACUAGAAUAAUUCAACCAUCGGACGAUUUUAAAAUAGAGAAUAGCUAAUUAAAUAGAAGUUCGAUACUAAGCAAUAUUGAUUGGAAGAUAUUAAGAUUUUUAAAAGGUUAUUGACAUAGAACAUUAAGAUUUAAUGGAGACAUUAUAAAAUCUACCAGAAAUACCAUAAUUAAAGGAAUUUGAGAAAUAAUCAAAAAGUUAAAAUUAAUAAUCGUAAUAACAGCAAUCAUAAUUAAGUUUAUAAAAGUAGUAACCAUAAUAAAUACUAAAUUAACAUAUUGUAAAAACUGACUAAUAAAUUCGAUAAAUUGCUAAAAUAAAAACUAAUUUACAUAAUAAAAAGUAGUUAAUACAAAAUCAAUCAUAAACGAUUAAUGCUUAACCAAAUCUAAGAAAAAAGUAAACUGCAAAUUCGCCAGAUCAAAACAUCUCAAAAUUAACAAUGUAAUACUCUAACUAAUUAACUAAUUAAUAAACUCAAAAUAAUAAUAAUAAUAAUAAUAAUAUUAUUACCCAAUCUACAACUUAAUAUUUAACUAAACCAACUAACUAAUCUUAACAAUCAAUCAAUGGAUCAGGAUCAAAAACAAUCCAAAAAUGUAAUUCAAAUGGAGAGUUAAGUGAAACAUCGUCCAUCAAAUCUUCUAAUAGUAGAUUGGAUAUUAGUUCAUAAAAGAUAAUAGAUGGAGACAAUUAAAAACAUUAGCCAAAAAUCUAAUAGUUUCAAGAAUCACAGAAUGAAAAUAAAAUAAAGCAUCAUCCAACAAAAUCAGAUAAUCUGAUAAAUAAGAUCUUUGAACAAAAAGUAUAUAUAUUUUUAUUUAUAAUCCAUCCCUUUAGAUAUAAAGUAUGCAACAAAAUGCAUUGAGAAUGAGAAGUCAUGCAGAGGAAUAAACAAAAAGGUAGAAAUAUGAUCAAAAAUAUUAAGUAAAGUUUGCAAUAGAGGACAACAAUUUCUAGGAGGUAAAUAAGUUAUUUAGAAUUUUACAUAGUUUAUGGAAAAUUUUAUUUAAUUACCAGAAAUGUACAUUGAUUAUAGAUUCUAAAACAAUGAAACCUUCUUAACUUUAGCUACACAAAGUGGAAAUAAGGAGAUUGUGAAAGAGCUAAUAAGAAGAGGAGCAGAUAUUAAUAUACAGAAUGUAUUUUUUUACUAAAAAAGGAUGAUGGAAAUACGCCCUUGCAUUUGGCAAUAGCAUAUUCUCAUUAUAUAAUAGCUGAUAUGCUAAUGUUUUCUGGAGCCUCCUCUCACAUUUUAAAUAAGUAGGGUAGGAAUGCGUGGAACGUAAUAUGAUAAAUAUAUUAUCUACUAACAAUUUUUAACAUAUCAAAGAUUAAUAUUCUAUAUCUAUUUCGUUAUUAAUGUAAAGUGAGAUUUAUAUUAAAAAAUAAUAUUGUUAACUUAAUGAAUAAAGGAGCGGAAAAAAAGAGAACCUCUUCGUUCAAUAAACAAACAAUAAAUUAGAUAUGCGAUCGAUAUGAUACUUAGCAAAAGCAAUUUUAUUGUCCUAAAUAUAAAAAAGAUGUCAAAAAUCUUAUAAACAAUCUAAAAUUAAAAUCUUCAUGUGAAAGUACUUUUGUUAUGAUUCCAUAAAAUGAUUCUUUGAAGAAUGUUUUGGCUGGCCUUAAUAACAAAUCUCCUAAGAAAUUAAUGAAAAAGCAUAUAAAAAAGACUCCUAGUACAUCUUUGCACACACCAGCCGACUUUACUAUUAGAAAUACUGAAUAGUAAUCUGAGUUAGCAAAGCAACGGCAAUCUGUAUUAAAUCAAUAAUCAUAAUAAAUUUCUUACCGAUCUUUACUUUAACACAACAAACGUAAUUAGUGGAUAGAAUAAAUUAAUCAAAAGAGUUCUAAUUAUAUUCAGCAAGAUCAAAUAGCAAUAACUGAAUAUUAGUAUAUUUAUCAUACUACAAUAGAGCUUAAUUAGAUGUAUAAAUGACAAGUAAUUGUGAUUGGAAACAUCCCUACACUUGCUAUAAGGAAUAGAGACAACAUAGUGAAAUGUAAAUUAUUGAGAAUCUUGAAUUCGAUAGUUGGAGAGAAUUGAUGAUGACUCGAGUUAUAUUACGUAGAUAUUAAUAAUGA